CCCGAAAUAUGUCUUCACAGCGGAUGUCAAGAAAAAACAGAGAAGAGACUGCUCUGAUCGGACUGCUACACCAUUCACUACUUUGGGACCUCAGGUUGCUUGCCAGCUCAUCUGGUUGCUGAGCAAUGGGAGGGAACAAUACCGAAAACAACACAAUGCAACACAACCCUCUCAGCAUAGGUUUCCGUGCCUCCCUGCUGGUUAUCUACACCGUGACGCUGUUUGGUGGGACCCUGGGGAUCGUCUUCAUGGUCAGAUUCCUGAGGCGGAGCAAGAACAAGCUCUCCAUCACCACCACCUCCAUCAUCAACCUGGUGAUGGCCCACGGCCUCUUCCUGCUGACCGUGCCCUUCCGCAUCGACUACUACGCCGCCAACACCUGGCGCUACACUUUCGAGUUCUGCAAGCUGGUGAGCAUCGCCAUCCACACCCACCUCUACAUCUCCUUCUUCUUCUACGUGGCCAUCCUGGCGGUGCGCCUCCUGCCCUGCCUGCCCACGCGAGACUUCUACCGCCCCCUGACAGCUUUCGUCGCCAGUGCGGCGGUCUGGAUCGUCUUCACGAUCACCAUUUUCCCGCCUCUCUGGCUGCACUAUGGAAAACGGGGGAAGUACAACGAAUCACAGUGCUUCCAGUUCCAUGUCGAGAUCAAAGGUGAACGAGUGAAGUGGCUCAACAUCAGCAUAGCCACCAUGGUGAUACUGAUCUCUGCGGUCAUCAUCACAAUACAAAUGCUGUUUCUGGCCAGGGUGGUCCGGUCCAACCCGGGAAACCUGUUCUCGCAGCAGGAAUUCCGGGCCCAGCUGAAAAAUCUGACCUUCCUCACCUUCUUGGUUGUGUGCUUCCUGCCGUACCAUGCCUUCAGAAUCUACUAUGUGCUACACGUCGAUGGCAAGAACUCCGGGCACAAUGAGAUCUACCUGUCCCUCACAACGUUGUGCUGUCUGGACCUACUCACUUUCUUGGCCAUUUAAGGGGGAAUGGAUGUGAUGUCUUUGACACACCUGUCCCUUUGCAAAUGGACAGCACCAUUUUUACUCCACAAGGAAAGAGGAACUGAGUCAUUAUUGAAUAUGGUCACGUAAACUCAAAACGGCACACUUGCAAUGCUUGUGUAAGGAAUGAAGCCAUGGGUCUGGACAGAUGUUAAAGCUUGAAAGGCAUUAACCAAUUAGAAAGCACAUCCUAACAGUCCAAAAGGAAUAAAAACAUUUCUUAAAAAAGGGCUACUGCAGGUGGUGUAGCGCAUAGUUGUCGCGAACACCCGCCAACAUUGUGGCCCGCAGGUCUUGGAGUUGUGUAGCCCCGUCUUAAAGUAUACAUAUGUGCAGCUUAAAUAGCAUUUGUGGCAUACUAUUGCAUAUUCUUCCAGUUCAGCCUGUUGUGCUCAUUCAGUCUAAUCAUGGCACUGAUCCACACACUCACCUUUUGUGAACCUGGUGUGAAUAUGACCUUGUUCUUAGAUGGGGCAGAAAUCAAUAUGCAAUACAAAUAAUUGCAAUGACAAUGUUGGAUGAACAAAAUCCAAGCUGCUUAACAACUUUUCAUUACUUCUUAUGAGUUUCAGGACUACCAUCUUAACCAAUGAAAAUAGUUGAGGGUGGUGAUGGCAAUUUAUCUCAUACUAAUGAUCUAAAGAAAUGUCAUUUUGUUUAUUUUCCUUUAAUUUUCAUAGAACUUUUGCAUCAGAAUUAAAAUGUUUAGGAAAAUAACAUACACUAUAUGCGUGGACACCACUUUAAUAUUUUAUGUUGUAAAAAUAAAAAACUUACUUCAGUAUUUCAAAUUAAAUUUGGUAAUUAACAUAUGGUACAUUGCAUCAACCAUGAACUUGAUGAAUAAAAAGCUCCAUAAUG